AGCCAGCCGUCCCUCAGGAUCUCCGCCUGUCACUCCAGAGCUGGGAAGAGGAGUCCAGCCUGCUGCCUUAGCUCAGAGAGCAGAGACGCUUGGGGACCACCUCUGCCACGCCACCCACGCGGGCCUCACCCCCAGCAUGGCUGACCAGCUGACCGAGGAGCAGAUCGCCGAGUUCAAGGAGGCCUUCUCCUUGUUUGACAAGGACGGGGACGGCACCAUCACCACUCGGGAACUGGGCACUGUCAUGCGGUCCCUGGGCCAGAACCCCACCGAGGCCGAGCUCCAGGGCAUGGUGAGCGAGAUUGACCAGGACGGCAAUGGCACUGUGGACUUCCCUGAGUUCCUGGGCAUGAUGGCCCGGAAGAUGAAGGACACGGACAGCGAGGAGGAGAUCCGGGAGGCCUUCCGCGUGUUCGACAAGGAUGGCAAUGGCUACGUCAGCGCCGCAGAGCUGAGGCACGUGAUGACCAAACUGGGUGAGAAGCUGAGCGACGAGGAGGUGGACGAGAUGAUCCGGGCCGCGGACACGGACGGGGACGGGCAGGUGAACUACGAGGAGUUUGUCCGCAUGCUGGUGUCCAAGUGAGCGGCGCUGCUGGGCUGCCCACCCGGCCAGCAAGAGCCUCGGGCCCCACAGGUCCUCUUCCAACCCCAGCUUCCCCUGGGCGCUGCUGCUUCUCGGGCAUAGGCCACUCGACCCACCUUUCUGCACCUGCGCUUUUCUGCCAACCUUCCCACCUGCUCAUCCACAAUGACACAGAUCACCCCCAAGGCUGGCAAACCAGGCAAUUCUCCCGUCACGCAGGGGUAGAGGCAAAAGUGACCUCACUCUGCACAGUGAGCCAAAGGACCAGGAAAGUUCACUC